CAUUGGCAAGCGACGAUUAUGGGGCCUCCCGACAGUCCGUAUCAAGGCGGCGUAUUUUUCCUGACUAUUCAUUUCCCUACAGAUUACCCCUUCAAACCCCCCAAGGUCGCCUUCACAACAAGAAUUUAUCACCCAAAUAUUAACAGUAACGGCAGCAUCUGCCUGGAUAUUUUGAGAUCGCAGUGGUCUCCCGCGUUAACUAUCUCUAAAGUCCUUUUGUCCAUUUGUUCUCUGUUAUGUGACCCGAACCCUGACGACCCGCUAGUGCCCGAGAUCGCCCGCAUCUACAAAACAGACCCCGUUAAGUAUAGCAGACUAGCGAGGGAGUGGACGGAGAAGUACGCCAUGCUGUGAGCGGUAAGCUCUGAGGGACGUGCUGAUU